UUCAUACGGAUUAUCUUUGAAAGACUCGGUCCUGAAAAAGGGACGUUUCUGUCAUUGACAUGGUACCUUUUUGUGUCGCUCCGUUCCAGACAUGUUAUCCAUCUGCAAACACGGUGUUCCCUGACAUGACCAGUACAGAGGAAUACAAUGCAUGAAAACCGACCGCAUUGAUGGGCCUCACGUUACUCUAUACGUCAUGUGAUCAGUCAGAACAGGAAAAUAAAAAGAAUGCUAUUUUUAGCUCUUGUUGCGGGUUUCGGGGUUUCUCUCCGUUUCGAGAGAUUACCUCUGGACACAUAAGUAGUGUUAUUAGGUGUGGCUCACUGCGAUUGAAGUUACCUGGUGAUUGCAGUCAUGUGGUCGUGAGAUACCCGUGAGAGUUGUUUGUCCUUAUUGUGUGUCUAAAGUCUAAGCUAAAGGCUAAACUCUGUUUUCAGUAGGUCAUGGUGCAACUUCUUUAACAAAGGAAAACCCUUUGUCGUACCAUCACAAGGCAGUUUUUAAAGCGUUUCCCUUAGAGGGUCUGAACUGAGUGGUGAAACAAAAUAUUGGGUGGAGUUUUGUUACAUUGACGUAGGCCUUUGACAUAUUUCAAAGAGCCAGCCUUACUUUAGAUAGAAAAAAACAAAAGGUAAGUACGAGUCGUGGUCACGUCACUCCCAAGAGGCUCUUGGGGCACCAAGAGUAUAUUUACUGUGCACUGUAAUCUUCUCGUCUCAAUCGAGGAAAGACAAGCCGGACAGAGACAACAUGAAGAUGCAGAUGUUGGUGGUGUUGGCGGUAGCAGCCUUGGUCCCCAGUCUGUCUGAGGGACGGAUCCUUUCCAAAUGUGAGCUGAAGAACUUGUUGGAGAAGGAGGCUCUCAAAUUCAACAUGACUGGGGGAACCGGAGUGAAGAACCUGACAAACAACGAUUUUGUGGCUAAAAUCGUCUGCCACGUGGAGAAGGCCUCCGGUUUCAACACCAGUUUUGUGACUGCUUGGAGGGAUGAUGACGGCCCUACCCGCCCUGCCAAGGUUAAUGACCGCCAUCGCCCUGAGCAGCCUCCUAAGAGGGGUAAGAGACACGCCGGGGAUGUUGACCCAACCCACCCUGCUAACAAUGAUAACCACCCUACCCGCCCUAACCAUCCUACCCCUCCUGCCCGCCCUAACUACCCUACCCGCCUUACCCUUCCUACCCGCCCUGAGCAGCCUCCUAAGAGAGGUAAGAGACACGCUGGGAAUCACUUCACCUCAGGAGAGGAAAACUCCAGCGAAGAAGAGACCAUGGGGACCCUCUACGGCUUGUUCCAGCUGAGCGAUCGUGUGAUUUGUUCCUCGGGCUCAUCUCCAUCGUUGAACCUUUGCCAGAUGAACUGCAGUGCUUUGAUUGACGACGACAUAAGUGAUGACUUUAACUGUGUGAAGACUAUCAAACAGACAAUGGAAAGUGGUCGCGGUCAACAAACAAAGGCUCUAAAGAGAAUGAUCCAGCUGCUCUUCCAGAAGGAAUGUGUCCCCACGGUGACCUCCAGCUAAUUCUCCAAGUGUUGAAGUGUUGCGGUGUUAGACAACAAUCCCCCAACUGCAAAAAGAUCCGAAUUGGGCUGCCUGUGUUAAUACAGCCAUUGUGUGAAUUU